AUGAGGGAGAAGGGUAUUGGAACGACAGUGGAGCAUAGCAAAACCAUUCAAAACGAUAUCGUGGAGGCUUCUCCGCCACCAGCCGACCGCCCCGUCCACGUCUACGCAGAUGGGAUCUACGAUCUUUUUCAUUUCGGCCAUGCCCGCUCCCUUGAACAGGCCAAAAUGUCGUUUCCCAAUACGUACUUGCUGGUGGGAUGCUGCAGUGAUGAAGUAACUCACGUGCUCAAGGGCAAAACUGUUAUGACUGAAUCUGAGAGAUAUGAAUCACUUCGCCAUUGCAAGUGGGUUGAUGAGGUUAUUCCUGAUGCCCCAUGGGUGAUAAAUCAAGAAUUCCUUGACAAGUACCUAAUUGACUAUGUGGCUCAUGAUUCUCUUCCUUAUGCAGAUGCAAGCGGGGCUGGAAAAGAUGUUUAUGAAUUUGUAAAAGCCGUUGGGAAAUUUAAAGAGACAAAAAGGACAGAAGGAAUUUCAACAUCGGACAUCAUAAUGAGGAUUGUGAAAGAUUAUAACCAAUACGUGAUGCGUAAUUUGGAUCGUGGAUAUUCAAGGGAGGAUCUUAAUGUUAGCUAUGUGAAGGAAAAGCGGCUCAGAGUGAAUAUGAGACUGAAGAAGCUACAGGAGAAAGUUAAGGAGCAGCAAGAAAAAGUGGGGGAGAAGAUUCAGACUGUUGCAAAAACUGCUGGUAUGCAUCGUAAUAUGUGGUUUGAAAAUGCAGAUCGCUGGGUUGCUGGAUUCCUCGAGAUGUUUGAGGAAGGUUGCCAUAAAAUGGGGACUGCCAUAAGGGAUCGGAUUCAAGAGCGUUUAAGAGGACAACAGGUCGGGUUGUUGCCAAAUGGCCAUAAGACUGAUGACAAUGAUGACGAGUUUUAUUACGAUGACGAGGCUGAAGAUUAUGAUGACGACGAAGAAUACUACAAUAACGAUGAAAAGAAAUGA